AUGUUACCUCCGAUUAGUGUAGAUCUUAUGAUAUCUAAUAUGAAGAUGCUAUUAGAUGCAAAACAAUAUUCUUCUGCAGAGUUACUAGGAAAUUUCAUUAUAUCACUUCCAUCUCUAUGUAAAUCAAAUAAUAAUAUUAGUAGUGUUACAGCUCAUUAUACAUCGUUGAUUAUGUUUGCAGAUGCUGUCUCUGCUCAACAACAAUAUGCAAGAGCGACCAAGUACUACAAGGCAUCGUUGGAGCUCAUUAAUAAAGCAAUGACAAUGUCAUCUGGACAUACUUCAUUGUUCAACAGUCAGUCUAACAAGCAGCAAUCAAACCAAAACAAUGCCAAUACUGUAUUGUUAAAACAACAGGAAUAUGACAUUCGAUAUAAAAUGGCAAUAUGUCAAAUCAAUCUAAAAAAAAUCAAUUUGGCAGUCAGUUAUGUACGUAUUUUUAAUAUUGUGACCUUCACAGGUGACACACAAUUGUCUCACAGAUUGUUGGAAUCUAUACCAGCCUCCAAUAGAAAUUUAGCAGUUCAUUUAACAUUGGCAAGAUUAUACAGGGAUUCUGGAAAUGUAAUGAGAGAUAAAACCAAAGAUGCGAUAUCAUGCUUCAAAGAAGCACUUAGGUUGUGUCCUCUUUGUAUAGAGGCAUACAAUGCAUUGAAGGAGCUGGGCGAGGAACCAGAGGUAUUGCUACAUCAGCUUCUAAGUAAACAAUCAACUGUCAAUGCCAAUAUAGAUUCAACUUGGAUACCUGCAUUGGCUCAAUCACAAAUCGAAUUGAAACGUAAUCAACCUCAAAAAUCAUUAUAUCUAUUAAAGAGAUUGGAAUCUAGAUUCCACGGAAAUCUUUAUUUAUUGGAAAAGUUGGCUAUUUCCUAUUUGAACAAUGAUGAACCAUCCAUUAUCAACACAAUGAAUACUUUUCACAAGUUGAGAACAAUCGAUUCGUUUUAUGUUGGAUCAAUGGAUAUAUAUUGCUCUUUAUUAAAGAGAAGACAAUUACAAUUAGAGUUGAACAAGGUAUGUUCAGAUUUAGUUAAUAAUAAUCCAAAUUGUGUAGAAAGUUGGACAUCUGUUGCACUCUACCAUUCACUUAAGGAAAAUAAUGAAAAGGCACUGGAGAAUGUCGACCGUGCUUUGAGUAUCCGCGAGAGUCAUGCCUAUGCACAUGCACUGAAAGGUGAUAUCUUCAUGUCGUUGGAGGAACCAAAGGAAGCGUUACCAUCACUUGAACGAGCAUUUGCACUGUCCAAGACAAUCUUUAAUGCACGUGAGCUUGUACGUUGCCAUCUCUUCUUGAAUCAGCUCAGUGAGGCAUUGAACGUGGCACGUACCAUUCACAGAAUGAGUCCAGACUACUCGAAAUCCAAGGCUUUAGUUGGUAUGGUACUAGCGAAUCAGCCAGAGGAACGAGACAAGGCAAGAACCAUAUUGAAUGAAGCGCUCACCAUCUCGCCAUAUUGUAUCGAUUCCGUUUUAACAAUGAGUAAAUUGAAUCUAGUCGAAGGAAAGACACAAGAUGCUAUAGAUUUAUUACAAAAACAAUUAGAUUAUCAAGAAACAGAUUUGAUGCAUACAGAGAUGGCAACUAUAUAUAUGAGUAAAGAGAUGUACGAUGAUGCUAUGAAACAUUUGAAUGCAGCACUAGAGAUUAAUCCACAAUAUGAAGCUGCAAGAAACGGUUUGCAUAGAUUGGAUUUAAUUCUCAAAGGAUUCGACCCAGAUCAAAUGGAAGAUGGUGUAGAUGAAGAAGAUAUGGAGUUAAGAGAUGAAGAUGAAGAAGAAAUAGAAGAUCUCGAAGAAUAG